AUGUGCCACUUUCGGGUCUCCUCACACUGCUGCCAGGUCCAUACUGAUUCAUGGCCACCUGCCUCUGUAUGGCCUUCAAUUUAAGCUGCUUACGCUUCGCCACUCUGCCAUGGGCCCCUGUACCGCCUCCUCUUGCUGCUGCCAGGUCCAGAGUGUGUCAUGGGUCCCUGUACGGCCUCCCAUUGCUGCUGACUUCAUCGCCAGACUCUGCCAUGUGCCACUUUCAGGUCUCCUUACACUGUUGGUGGGUUCCAUUUUGUGAUAGGGUGCUGUAUGGCCUUCCAUUGCUGCUGCCUCCACCGCCACCCUGCGCCAUGUGCCUCUGUGUCUCUGCUCACGCUGCUGAC